GCGACAGCGGCUGCGGGCGCGUCCCGGCGGGGCUGCCCCCCUGCCCCGUCCCGUCCGCGCCGGGUCCGGGAGCAGCAUGGAGACUAUGCUGCUGGAGCACUUCCCCGGGGGGCUGGACUCCUUCUCCUCGCCCCCCUACUUCGACGAGGAGGACUUUUUCUCCGAGCCGCCUCCGCGGGACGUGCUGGCCGCGGACGGGCUGCUGGAGCCGGACGUGGAUUUCCUCAGCCGGCAGCUGCAGGAGUACUACCGCGACGGCGGCGACCCCGAGGGCGGCUACCGCUGCCCGGCGCCGACCGCCGCCUUCCCGCCGUCUCCCGCCUCGCCCGGCUUUGCCUACGAAUGCUGCGGGGCGGCGGCCGCGGUACUGUCCCCCGGGGGGCGGCUCCAGGCGCUGGGCUCGGCCAAGCGGCGGCGGCGGGUGCGCUCCGAGGCGGAGCUGCAGCAGCUCCGUCAGGCCGCCAACGUGCGGGAGCGGCGGCGGAUGCAGUCCAUCAACGACGCCUUCGAGGGGCUGCGCUCGCACAUCCCCACUUUGCCCUACGAGAAGCGCCUCUCCAAGGUGGACACGCUGCGCCUGGCCAUCGGCUACAUCAACUUCCUCAGCGAACUGGUGCAGUCCGACCUGCCGCUGCGCAGCGCCAGCAGCGAGAGCCCCAGCCAGCCCAAGAAAAUCAUCAUCUGCCACCGCGGCACAAGAUCUCCCUCUCCGAGCGACCCCGACUACGGACUCCCCCCUCUGGCCGGUCACUCGCUGUCGUGGACUGAUGAAAAGCAGCUCAAGGAACAAAACAUCAUCCGGACAGCCAAAGUGUGGACCCCCGAGGACCCGCGGAAGGUGAACAACAAACCCUCCGUCAACGACAUAGAGAACGAGCCCCCCUUCGACUACGUGGCGUGAGGCGCCGCGCGGGUGGUCCCCGCCCCCGCCCGCUCUGUACAUGCUGUAUGUAGAGACCUAUAUUGUAAAUGUAAUUUAAGAUUCAGA